CAAAGCCACGGGAUGCUGCUGGUGGGCUCGUGGUGGGGCCGAGUCCUGGCACCAGGGCUCCCCAAACACUGGGACCAGUGCACAGGGCUAGGAAGAACCCACAGCUCCGGUUCCUUGCAGAGACAAAAUCACUUUUGAGGGAGCACAACCCUCCUUAGUGCCACCCCUUUUGUGGGUGGGGUGUCUUGGGGACAAAAGCAGGGAGAAUCAACCUGGGGUUACACCUCGAGCAGCCCAACCCACCGGGAGGGUUUGUUUGCCCUCAGCAGCUAUAGCAACGAGCAUGAGCUGCAGGUGCUGCUCAUCCAGCCAUGGAGCUUGGGGCAGCAGGGAGUGCCAGCGGGGUCCGGGGGGAUGCUGCAGCAGGAACCUAUGUCAUCCCACAUAGGCUCCCACCUGUGCCCAUGUCCCCGCAGCCACUGACCAUCAUCCAGCAGCUUCCCAUGGCCACAGCCCAUCCCACCGGACCCCCACACCUACGGGGAGAUUUACUCGAGCUGAUGAUGAUUCAGAACUCCCAAAUGCACCAGGUGGUGAUGAACAGCCUGGCGGUGUCAGCACUGGUGUCCUUUGGGUUUGGGCCAUCUCCAGCCACUGCCCAGACACCCGCUGUGCCUUUGCAGCCUGGAGAGGAGGAGGAGGUCAUGGUUUUCCAUCACCACUACAUCCCUUAUCCCAGUUCUGCUCCCUUUUGGGCAUGGCCACUCCAGGAUCAGGCUAUGGGUCCGGCAGCCGUGAGGCACCUGGGCACAGCCACAGAGGACAGGGAGGUCCCCGUGCCACCUCCUCCACCCCCCAGUGCUACGGGGACCGUUGGAGCCAACGUCCCACCAGCACCAGAGUACUACGACAUGCUGGAGGAGUGGCCCUGAGCACCCUGCAGCCCAAGAGGGCUCUUCCUGCACAUCCUCAUCCUCCACCUCAGAAGAUCUUGCAGGGUGCGCCAUGGUACUGACAGUUUUGGGGAGGGAGAUGAUGUGCCUGGUCAAAUGUGUUAUUUUGGUGUCUGGGUGUACUGUUUCGGUGCACGGAUGCGCAAUUUUGGUGUAUGGGGUGGGGUCGUGCCAACCCAGGUGUCCCCAAUCUCCAUCAGUCCCUUCAGCUCUCAGUUCAGCACAUCUCCUGUAAUUAAUUUGCUUUGUUAAGAAAGCACCCUGCUGACACUAAUUAAGCAUCUGUCAUUAACCC